GGCCUCAAUACUGUGGGUAGUUUUGGAAGAAACAGAAACCGAAUAACUGGAUACUUCUUGCCUGCGGUUUCAUUUAUUCCGGACAGGACGCUAUAAGCUCAUCCUUUGGAUUUGUGACAAGACCAUGUCUUCAACGUCCCAAAAGCAUGGAGCGUUCGUGGCUGCGCCUAUGGGGGAGAAACGUGUGACGGCUCUACCAGGCAUCGGGAAAAUCCUUGGCCGUCGAAUGGAGAAAAGCGGUUUUGAUAAGGCGAACGUGGUCCUUGGGCAGUUCCUAGUUUUGAAGAAGGAUGAGGAGCUUUUCGAUAAUUGGCUUAAAGACACAUGUGGAGCAAAUGCCAAGCAGCAGCGUGACUGCUAUGGCUGUCUUAAGGAAUGGUGCGAUGCCUUCCUAUAAAACCUGUCGUCAAUCUUUUUUUUUUUUUCCUACUUCUGUCUGAAAUGAACAUUACUUCUUCAACAGUCUCCACUCAAUUCACUUGUGAGUGUUUGUAGUAGUAGUUUUCACUAAAUCAGUAAAGUGACACAUUCAUUCAGACGCCAGCCAUUUAUUAAAUCAGUUUUAUCAUUAUACAGUAAUGGCAUCCUGCAAUGUCUACUUACUGUUUUAUGCAAAACAGGUUGAUUUAUUUCAGCUGUAAACAUUAAUACACAGAACUCUUCUUCGUUUGUAGGUUACCGAUAAGUCGGGUUGCAGUCAGACUAAUUAUAGUAUAGCUACGGCUUUUUAAAUGUUCUGACACGUGUGUUUUAGAGUUGUCUGAAAUAAAGAUCUGUUUAUAAAUGUGCUUAACUUGAUCUCUUAGGUCAAAUGUAAAUUGUACAAAAAAUCUGCUGUUUUAUGCAUCUUACUCACAUUUAGAAAAAUACUUUGCAUUAACAACUAAAUGUAGUUCCUGCUGAAGAGACAUUCUUGAUGCAUGAUGCUGCCACCACCAUGUGUCACUGUGGGGAUGUUGUCUUCGUUGUGAUGUGCAGUGUUAGUUUUCUGCCACACAUAACAUUUAACAUGUAGGCAAAAAAGUUCAAUUUUGGUCAAUAUGAUGAUUUUGCUACCACUGUUCAGAAAACUACCUGUUUUCAUCUGUAAUUCUUGGCAUAUUUGCUCAGUUUUCUUACAAAUGCCAAUGAGAAGUUUGACAAACAAACAGCAUUUUUCCUAAACAACAAAUCCUCUGCUGUAAGUGCACCACAGACAGUGUCUUUUUUGAAAUGUCUUGCAGAGAAUGUUGCAUUUUGUUCUGAAAAUAAAAAUCAACUAACUUGA